UUUCUGGUGUGGAUACUUGGAAUUUCGUUUUGCCUUGAUUCCAUGUGGUGUGACCGUUAUAUGCUCUUCUCAGGGUUUCGGUUUCGAAUUUGUAAUUUAUAUUAUGUGUGGACGUGAAGGAUUGAUGACGUUGUUUGUUGUUUGUUAAGAUUGAAUGGUUCUCCUGGUGCAGGAAAACAAUUUUGCUCGGGUGUUAAUUAAUGAAUGAUAACCAAGUUAAAAUGUUAAUUAAUGCUUUUGAUGGUAAGAAAUAAAUUUCUAGCUGUGGUGGAUCGUGGGAACUGGGAAGUGGAAUUCCCGGGAGAUAUUUUAGUUCUGGAGCUCAUGGUGUAAUGUUGUAAUGUUGUUUUUUUAUAACUGCAGCCUAGUUAUAUGCACUCUUUAAACCCAGAUUUCCCUAGUUUCUAUCAGCAAUAAAGUUGUCUUUCAGAAGAAAGUCAUGGCAAUGAACCAUGCCAGAUCUAUAAGAUAUAUUCUUACAACUAGAGAGGCAGUUAGGGUUGCAUGCCAACGAAGUUUUGCCACCGGUAAAGCAAAGAAAGGAUCUAAAGGGGGUGGAGCUGGUGAUGCACCCAAGGCAUCAACUCUUAGCAAAGAAGUCAAGUCAAGCACAGUUGUAGGUGCUAACAUUCUGAAGAAAGGAACUGAUCCAAAAAUCCUGCCUGAUUCAGACUACCCUCACUGGCUGUGCCAUCUGCUCGAUAAACGCCCCGCAAUUAGUGAACUGCGUAGGAAGAACAUUGAAACAUUAGCUUAUGACAAUCUAAAACGCUUUGUUAAGCUGGAUAACCGGGCAAUGAUCAAAGAGAAUAACUCUGUGAAGGCGAAGAACUGAUUUCAAUGGUCAAAAGAGAAACUAGGGGGAUGGGUGACUGAAACGAUAGUGUGGUGUUUUUUUUUAUUUCUUGUAGUUCUCAGUCUUAUGAGUAAUUGGCUUACAUGCUUACAUGUACGCAAAUCAUUAGCGGAACAAAAGCCAAAGUUGCAUGAUUUUGCACGAUUGUUGUUUCUUUUCCUUCUACUUUUUAGUCUGUAUUUUUAUAUUUUUGUUUGGGAUGUUUGGUAAAUUAAAUCUGACUGCUUUUCUGGAUUGAACAGAACUUCGUC